GUAUUCAAUUUAUAUUAAGUGAAUCUCAUUCGGCGUAGUGUUUUUAUGACAGAUAGUUUAUUUUACACAUCGAGACGGACGUGUACACAUAAUCUGAAUAAGCGGAACUCAGACAACUUAUCUAAGCACAUGAUAAUACAAGCACAUUUAAGCGUUGCAAAAGUCAUUUGACAUUUCAUAUUUCUGAAACGAUUUAUCCCAAACGUGCGUCGGGGUCGCAUGCACUUCGCGUCGAAGCGAUACAAACAGUAUCAUUAGUAGCCUUUUGUUGCGAACACAUUUCUUAUCAUAACUAUUUUUCGAAAUAAAAACUGGUUCCUAAGUGAUUGAAAUAAAUGAAAUUGUUUUACCGUGUUGAAUGCAAACAGUUUGCAAUUGGUUGAAGCAUUUUUACUGAAAAAAAAAACAUUUGGAGGCGUAUUUUGAUUUCGAAUUUAUUUAUUUUUUUGUAUCUGGUCAAAAAUUUUGCUUAAACAUUUAAAUGGUGCGAAGUUAUAAAGCUGAUUAGUUCGUUCAAAAGGAAUUGUCUUUUAAAUUUUGUGAAAAUGAAUCGUUUAAAUGUUUUGCUGACAUUCAUUUGUGUUCUGAUGAUUCAAUGUCAUGCGGAUGGUACAGACAAUGAAAUACUGACAUUAUCCGAACGUCUUUUUGACCUUAGUACACCAAAUAUUUUCAAUCAGAUCACAGUGAAUCUUCAACGUCGCACAUAUUCAUCCGCGACAACCGAUGAUGCUCCUGCACCACUUUUGGGCAUAAGCAACGCCACAUUGGCCCGAGUACCAACAAUCGUGAAGUUGCAAACACUUUACGACAACUAUGAACUGGAUACGAUGACCGUUGAGGAUGUUACAGCGGCCGAAUUGCGGGAAGAGGACGAAUUUCUCAAUAAAAUUCUAGACACAGAAGUUAUGAAGGCCGCUAUGAACUAUCUACAAAUAAAAGGUGCUGUAAGAUCUGAUCGUGCAAGUCAACGAAAUCUACUGAAGACAAUUUGGUUUACGAUGUAUUCACGAGGCGGUGGCAAAAUCGGAAGUUGUGGCUUUGAACACGUUUUCAUGAAUGAAAUCAAAAAUACUGAAAUUUCCGGAUUGCACAACUGGAUUUAUUUCUACAAACAAGAGCAGGACAGCCACCAUGAUGUCGAUUACAAAGGGUACAUGAAAUCACUUCAUUUGGGAAAUAAAGCACAAAUUAUCAAGUACAGAGUGAGCUACAAAAAUAAGAAUAAACCGGUGAAUACAAUGUUUAUCGGAACACUUCCAGAGCUUGAAAUGUCGCUCUACACCGUUUGCCAUGUGAUGAGAAAAUCAAAAUGCGAUAUUUCACUCAGCGGGAAAAAAAUCACAAUUAGAACGUAUCCAUUUUUCUACCGAGGGAAUCGAUUGAUUGGCAGCGCUUACCCGGAAUUUUAGAACACAAAUUAAUCAUAAUGCUAAAUCAUAAAUAUUUAAUUUGAAUCGAACCGAAUCAUAAGAACUUUAUAGGUCAGAAACAGAGCUGUUACGAUACUUGUAUAUAUCUAAUGUGCCAUAUAGUAGUACAAAUAGUCUUUUCGGCCGUCUUUGACAUUUUACCAACUUCUAUUCAUCUAUUCGAUUGAUUGCAAUGCACAAAAUUGGAACUAAGAAACAAAUAUCAUGAACAGAAUGUACGGCAAAUCUUCAUUGAAUGUAUUUACAUCAUAAAUAGUUUCUUAUGUGUGAAUAAAAUGAGAUAAUCAAGAGAUUUGAGUGACGGCAUAUCCCAGGAUAAACUGAAUCUUUGUACCGUUGUAAUAUAUCAAAUUGUUGUAGUGCGAUUCGUCAUUCUUUCGAUUAAUUGGCAGAUGAAAUUAUAACCGUUUUCCGUUCCGAAUGCUUUUCCGGAUUCAAAAAAUCCAUUUCGAUCGAUCAACACAAAGAUAUUUGCAUAAUUUUUCGGUCAGUUGAUUAUAAUUUUGUCCAUAGUUUUACGCCUUGUAGGCAAUUUUGAGAUAAAUACAGUUUUGAAAAAUUAUGGCUGGGCUUAAAAUUAAAGCCAAAGCACUUGGAAUGAAUAUUAAAAUUAGGAGAAAGCUGUUCUGGCAAGUGUUAUACAUACCAUUGACGAUGAAAUGAAGUAUAAGCAUGUUUAUUAUUUAAAUUUCCAAUUCUAUUAUUGAAAUGUUCUA